AUGUCAACCAAUUGUUUUUCUCGCGAGAUUACACGCGUUGGCAUGGCGGUCCUUCUUGAAACGACGCUCGGCGAUAUUGUGAUUGAUUUAUUCACAGACGAAAGGCCGAAAGCUUGUCUCAAUUUUCUGAAAUUAUGCAAGAUAAAAUACUACAACUACUGCCUUAUCCACAAUGUACAGAGAGAUUUUAUCAUCCAAACUGGGGACCCUACUGGAACAGGGCGGGGUGGCGAGUCGGUCUACUGCAAACUUUACGGGGACCAGGCCCGUUUUUUCGAUUCAGAGAAAGCACCGCGCAUUAAACACAGAAAAAAGGGGACAGUCUCUAUGGUUAAUAAUGGGAGUGACCAACAUGGUUCACAGUUCCUUAUUACCACUGGUGAAAACCUGGAUUACCUGGAUGGCAUGCAUACCGUUUUUGGGGAAGUGUCAGAGGGCUUGGAUGUGCUGUCUAAAAUCAAUGAGACGUUUGUCGAUACAGACUUUGUCCCAUUUCAGGACAUCAGAAUAAACCAUACUGUGAUCCUUGAUGACCCAUUUGAUGAUCCGCUGGAUCUUCCAGUUCCUGAUCGGUCUCCUGAGCCCACCAAAGAGCAGCUAGACAGUGGAAGGAUUGGAGCAGAUGAAGUCAUAGACGAGACUGAUGGGAAAGCAGUUGAAGAAGUCGAGGAGCGGAUCAAGGAGAAAGAAGCCAAAACCCGCGCAAUCCUGCUUGAGAUGGUGGGCGACCUGCCUGAUGCAGACAUAAGGCCUCCAGAGGACGUGCUGUUUGUGUGCAAACUAAACCCAGUGACCACAGAUGAGGAUCUUGAAAUCAUCUUUUCUCGUUUUGGACCUAUUAAAAGCUGUGAAAUCAUUCGUGACUGGAAGACUGGGGAGUCACUCUGCUAUGCUUUUAUUGAAUUUGAAAAGCAAGAGGACUGCGAGAAGGCCUACUUUAAAAUGGACAAUGUGCUCAUAGACGAUCGGCGCAUUCAUGUUGACUUCAGCCAGUCUGUGUCCAAGAUCAAAUGGAAAGGAAAAGGUGGGAAGUACACCAAAGAAGAUUUCAAGGCGUAUGAAAACGACUUGGAGAAGCGAUCCAAACUGACUCUGAAAGAUCAAGUGAAGCCCAAACAAGAUUCCCGAUAUGACCUUCUUUUGGAUGAAGAUGAGGAGCAAGAACAUCGUCAUUCUGAGAAAAAACACAAAGAGAAGAGACAUCAUCAUCAUCAUUCGGAUGACGAAUCGAGCAAAUCCAAAAAAUAUAAGGACGAUAGGGACAACCGGCGGGACAGGAAGCAAGACCGAAAACGCUCCCGUUCACGUUCCCGCUCCAGGGACAGGGAUCGCAGGCACGACAAAUCCUGGGACAAACACGAGAAAGAGAGACGAGACAGGAGUCGAAAGAGUCGGAGUCGUUCGCCCAGGAAGUCUCAGGACAAAGUCAGGAGCAGAUACAGAUGAAGCGCAUUUGGCGUCAUCGCAGAAAGGCAAAAACUCUACUUUCAAAAUGGUGAUGUGACUCUACACCUUCACCAUAUGGACAAAAGUAUUAUGCUAAUUGUUUUCCACACCAUUAAGUAGUGUUUGGGGCGGGGGGGACAUCACUUGUGAAAUUAGACACUGCUGGGCUCAAAUUCUCACUUUGCUUAUGCACGCAUACAUCAAUGAACCCUGAUGAUUUGUGAGCAAUAAAGGCCCCACGCUGAUUCCACAAAAUUGGAAGUCUAAAUAUGCAAAAUUUCUUGGUACCAGGAAAAAUUUAGCUUCAGGACUAUGGAUUACACAUUAUUAAUUACUUUAGCUGAUUGUACUGCUGAUUACACUGCAGUGUUAAAGUUCUUAUUGUGUGGAUAGGGAACUACUUAAUUUUUGUUUUUUCUUGCGUCACAUUUUUAUGCUAAUUAAAACUCAAAUGUGUAUGCUGAUUCUAAAAUACCAGUCUUUUUUUUUUUUUUUUCUCAAGCAAAUCGUUUUUUUUUUCUCUUCUGGUGACCUACAGUGGGGCAAAUAAGUAUUUUGUCAACCACCAAUUGUGCAAGUACUCCUACUUGAAAAGAUUAGAGAGGCCUGUAAUUGUCAACAUGGGUAAACCUCAACCAUGAGAGACAGAAUGUGGAAAAAAAAAACAGAAAAUCACAUUGUUUGAUUUUUAAAGAAUUUAUUUCCAAAUUAGAGUGGAAAAUAAGUAUUUGGUCACCUACAAACAAGCAAGAUUUCUGGCUGUCAAAGAGGUCUAACUUCUUCUAACGCUCUACUCCACUCGUCAUUACCUCACCUCACUCGUCAUUAGUCACCUGUAUUAAUGGCACCUGUUUUAACUCAUUAUUGGUAUAAAAGACACUAGAGCAGGGCGGUAAACCGAAAAUUUACCGUCACCGAAAUUCUUAACGAUGACCGACGUAAUUUUGACCAUGUCGGUAAAUUCGGUAAAUUAAUAAAACAAGAAAAUAGUCUUUUCAUCCCGCUUUGAUUCUGUGUUGUUCGUCUAUGUUCAUUCCCCUUUAAGAAAGCAGUGAAUAUGCUUACGUAGGGAGUCACGUGAUCAUCAGGAAGCCAAUCAAACAAAAGCCCGGUAAGCUAACGCUAGCAGCUAACGCUACAAGCAAAACGUGAUGGAGUGUGGCUUAAGGGAGGUUCACCAAACUUUCAACCGACAUUUAGUAGACUCUUGGUGGCAUCCAGACGGGCUUUCACCCGCUGUCCUCCUUUGUUCUCACGAUUUCCGGAGAUGGUGCUUUCAGUGCUUUCUACUGGUAGCCAGGCUAACGCUAGCUAGCGGCUAACGCUACAAAUGAACGUUAUGGAGUCGGAUAGAGGCUCUAACUUGGUCGAAACGGCUGAACUUAAUGAGUGGAUUGGGCACGGACUGCAUCUAGCAAUUACUAUGUGGCGUUAUUUUGUAUCUGUCUGUGUGUGUGAUUCCUCUGAUAGCUUUUGUGAUGGUAAAGAAUUCUGCAUAAAGUACAAUCCAACGGCGAAACUUAUAAUGACCGAGAAAUGGCCCCAGCUAUUUUUAUUGUGCGUGCAUUUAUGAAAAAAUGCACUGGGGGGGAAAAAAACCCUUAAACCAUAAAGUAAACACUUGUAUUUAAUAAUUAUAUCACAGCAGCCAUUAACAAUAAGUUGUCUUUUUGAAGUGUACUGUUCAAGCUGCAAGUCAUUUGUGUUACAAUUACAUGUUUGCACAGGCAUAUUGAUUUUGACAAUGUACAUUGUUCAAGUCAUACACGCUGUUAUAAAUGUUCAUACUUGAAUUCUUAUUGCUUACAAUACAUUUUUAUUAGGGCUGUCAAACGAUUAAAAUUUUUAAUCGAGUUAAUUACAGCUUAAAAAUUAAUUAAUCGUAAUUAAUCGCAAUUCAAACCAUCUAUAUAAUAUACCAUAUUUUUCUCUAAAUUAUUGUUGGAAUGGAAAGAUAAGACGCAAGAUGGAUAUAUAUUUUCAACAUGCGGUACAUAAGGACUGUAUUUGUUUAUUAUAACAAUAAAUCAGUUCUAAAUCAGUUAUAGAAAUUUUAUAUUAAAACCCCUCUUAAUGUUUUCGUUUUAAUAAAAUUUGUUAAAUUUUCAAUCAAAAAAUAAACUAGUAGCCCGCCAUUGUUGAUGGCAAUAAUUACUUACACUAUAAAAUCAGUCGCACCCAAACGCCAGCAGAGGGCAGCAAAACUCCGCAAAACACAAUUAACAGGUGGGCCUUUCACUCUAGUGACAUUUAAAUAUGUCUGAGCUGGGCAAGUGCGUUAAUUGCGUCAAAUAUUUUAACGUGAUUAAUUUAAAAAAUUAAUUAACGCCAGUUAACGCGAUAAUUUUGACAGCCCUAAUUUUUAUAAAUUUAAUGUUUAGACUGCAUGUACAAUUGUUAAAUACAGUAUAUCAAAUUGAAUGCUGGUAAAUAAAUCAACAAGAAAUAGUUAAUCUGUAUUUCAUGCAUUGAUUCAGAUUUUCAAAUUAUAUAACAGUCCGCUUGGGCGAAUUUAUCGUCAUUUAUCGUUAUCGAGAUAAAUCUGCUCAAUUUAUCGUGAUACAUGUUUAAGGCCAUAUCGCCCAGCCCUAAAAGACACCUCUCCCCUCAGUCAGUCACACUCCAAACUCCACUAUGGCCAAGACCAAAGAGCUGCCGAAGCACACCACAGACAGACAGAUUGUAGACCUGCACCAGGCUGGGAAGACCGAAUCUGCAAUAGGUAAAACGUCUGGUGUAAAGAAAUCAACUAUGGGAGCAAUUAUUAGAAAAUGGAACACAUACAAGACCACUGAUAAUCUCCCUCAGUUUGGGGCUCCAUGCAAGAUCUCACCCCGUGGCGUCAAAAUGAUAAUAAGAACGGUGAGCAAAAAUCCCAGAAACACAUGGGGGGACCUAGUGAAUGACCUACAGAGAGCUGGGACCACAGUAACAAAGGCUACUAUCAAUGUGCCGCCAUGGACUCAAAUCCUGCACUGCCAGACGUGUUCCCCUGCUGAAGCCAGUACGCCUCCGGACCUGUCUGCGGUUCGCUAGAGAGCAUUUGGAUGAUCCAGAAGAGGACUGGGAGAAUGUGUUAUGGUCAGAUGAAACCAAAAUAGAACUUUUUGGUAGAAACACAGGUUCUCGUGUUUGGAGAAGAAGGAAUACUGAAUUGCAUCCAAAGAACACCAUACCCACUGUGAAGCAUGGGGGUGGAAACCUUAUGCUUUGGGGCCGUUUUUCUGCAAAGGGACCAGGACGACUGAUCUGUGUAAAGGAAAGAAUGAAUUGGGCCAUGUAUCGGGAGAUUUUGAGUGAAAAUCUCCUUCCAUCAGCAAGGGCAUUGAAGAUGAGACGUGGCUGAGUCUUUCAGCAUGACAAUGAUCCCAAACACACAGCCAGGGCAACAAAGAAGUGGCUUCGUAAGAAGCAUUUCAAGGUCCUGGAGUGGCCUAGCCAGUCUCCAGAUCUCAACCCCAUAGAAAAUCUGUGGAGGGAGUUGAAAGUCCGUGUUGCCCAACGACAGCCCCAAAACAUCACUGCUCUACAGGAGAUCUGCACGGAGGAAUGGGCCAAAAUACCAGCAACAGUGUGUGAAAAGCUUGUCAAGAGUUACAGAAAACGUUUGGCCUCCGUUAUUGCCAACAAAGGAUGAACUUUUGGUAUUGACCAAAUACUUAUUCUCCACCAUAAUUUGAAAAUAAAUUCUUUAAAAAUCAAUGUGAUUUUCUUUUUUUUUUCCACGUUCUGUCUCAUGGUUGAGGUUUACUCAUGUUGACAAUUACAGGCCUCUGUAAUAUUUUCAAGUGGAAGAACUAAAUAUGACUAAAUAUUUGUUUGCCCCAGUGUACUUCCUAUGUUACCAUUUUCUCAUAAUGACUAAAUAAUGAUACAGAAGCCUAUUCUUGUAGAAUCAUAACAGUGUUGAACAUUGCAGUCAUGCCUGUUUCUUUCAUAUUUCUGUGUGUUAAUAUUUUUUUUAAAUAUAGAACAAGCAUAAGUGGAGUCUUUUUUUUUUUUUUUUUAAGAAAAAAAAGGAUCUUUUAAUUCAAAAACACUUUGUGUCAUAGCGCAAAACUGAGUCCUGUUCUGGAUUAUGCACCGUAAAAUUAGUUGAAAACAGCUGUCAUACUAUACUAUACUUUAUAAACAUUAACAUUUUUUUACUUUUGCUGUCUUUCUGCGGCUGGCUCACUCGGUGUACUCUCAAAAUUCCAGUACGAUCACAUUUGCAUUGUAGUUUGCUGCUAAAUAGAUUUCACUUUCAUACACAACACACCUUGAGUCAACGUAAUGGGGCCGAAAGAUCAAUAUGUUCAGCAAGUCAAAUUUCCCUUUUCGGACUGCAAAAAGAAAACCAUGCAGGACUGCGUAAUUGACAACUGUUGGACUGGUCAUCUGUUGACAGGUUGAAAAUUAAAAAAAUGCAAUGGUUAUGCGUAAAAUAUUUGACUUGCAUGCCAUUGAAAAACAUGUGCUAUACGCUUUAUUUCUCACUGGCUGACAUGAAAUCAGAAGAAACAUUUUCUAUUGCAGAGUAACCCGUUCAGGGACAGUGGACAUCAAUUCAAAAGUUCUCAUUUGCUUAAAUCAUUCACUGUCAGCCAGAGCAUGUGUUGUUGUAUUUAGUAAAUGAGGAAAACUGAUAGUGAACACACCUAUUGACACAUAUAGACAUCCAUUUUACCGUAAUUUUUGGACUAUAAGCAGCUACUUCCCCUCCCUCAUUUUGAAUCCUGCGGUUUAUACUCCAGUGCGACUCACUUUUUGAUUUAUUUGAGUUAAUAAGUAAGACUUUAUGUGACAGUGGUGUCAUAAGACCGCCAUAAGAUGUGAUAAUUAUGACAUGACACUGUCAUGGGCAUUAAUGAAUGCUUAUGACCGAUUUCAUUAAGUGUCAUCCAGCAAAUUUUGUCACUAACUCCCUUUCUGUCCAGUCCGAUUCUUUAACAUCCAUUCAAAAGAAGGAUAAUUUGCCAGGUGACACAAAAUAAAAUCUUUCAAAAAUUAUUUGUGGAAAGUGUGUCCUACAACAUACACACAGCUUUAUUACCGUAUUCGUUUUCCAAAAGAAGAGAUCGAGCAAAAUUUUCAUAAAACGAUUAACCUUGAUUGAAUGUCUCCCUACCUUAUGCAACCCAUGUUUGCAUAUGAUCAGAAUUAAAAACUUUUUUUUCUCAUUUAUUUAAUACUUAUAUAAUACCAUCAGUAAAUUGGUUCUUUAUCAGCAAUAACAGCUAGAUAAGGAGCUUCUACGCUUGAGAAAAAGCUAACAUUAGUAUGGAUUUGCAACAUCGUUAUCUGCAUUCCUGUUACACUAAUCAUGCCAAAUAUUGUAAACAUGACAUAAAUCAUGUCAUUAAAUUUUUUACAGUUGAUUUGUAAGCUAACCUAAUCAGGCCUUUUAUAGUUUACUCCUUUUUAUUGAUUUAAUAUGUAGCAGAAAACAAGACCAGAGGAAGAUUAUUUUUCAGUGUUAUAUUUUUUUUCCUUUGUAGCAUCUUAACGAAGGAAACAAGAUAUUUCAUGAAUACCAUACUCAUGAAAUAGUUGCCUAAUUUCUGGAAUCCAGUUUCUCUGCCUCUUCAGGAAACUCUACCCUGCUCUCAACGUAAUCUUCUGUUUCUGUCAUAGGAUUGACAAGGUUUUUGAGCAUUUCUUUCCAUUCAAGUGACCGAUUCACUAAGUAAAAAUUCUAAACAAAAGAAAAACAGUACAGUCCAAUAAGUAGAAUUGUCUUGGGAUUAUAUGAUCUCCAGUAAUUGAAUUGCAUGGUUAUAGUGCUUGUUAUGUAGAGCUGCAACUAACGAUUCUUUUUUUUUUUAUAAUCGAUUAAUUGAAAAAACGGAUAAAUGUUAGGCUUAUUGUAAGUAACAAUGAAGACAAUGGAUGACUAUUUCCUUAAAAAUAUUUUAUUACUUCUUCCUCACUUAGCUGUAGCAUACCUGUCAACCAGAGGCCGUUGGCAAUCUUACAAACAGUGACGUAUGCCUUUACAAAUUGGUGACUAAUCUUGUAACGUUGUAUAUAGCGUGCAAUAUGAAACGAAAAUAAAACUCAAUUUUUAAAAUUAUAUGAAUUUAUUGGUAAUAUUGUCACAUAUAACCCGGUGCAAUCAAAGAACAAUUCAGCUACAUCAUGAGUACUAAAAUUUAACAGUGACUUUUGUUAUAUUUGUAUGUAGCGCUUUUUGGCAAUUUCUAUCAUGUCUUUUGAUGGCUACUCUUCAUGGCACUUCAGCUCGCAAUUCAGUUUGACUUGAAGGUAGUUCGUUAGUGUGUCUAAUUAUAAAUUAAAGAGGUCAAUUGAUAAAAUGAACUUAACAAUGCAAUCUUUGAGUUGGGGAACAUUUCUUUUGCUAAUUCUGAGAAGUGAUCUGCAAUAGUUGCAGGCAAAUUGUGUUCGGCAACAAAUUGGCAGACUAAAAUCUCAUCUUUCGUCACUUUUCAUUCUGCAGACUUCAUCUUUAUGACCAGUGUUGUUAAUCAUACUGUUAAAAAGUAAUUAAUUACGGUUACAAAUUACUUCUCCUAAAAAGUAAUUGAGUUAGUAACUCAGUUACCUGAAUGUAAGAGUAAUUAGUUACUUGGCAAAGUGACUGGUGUUACCUUUCAUGUUUUUUGUUUUUGUUUUUUUUUUUUUUUCCAAAACAAAACAAAAACAAGUAACCUUUGCUAUGUUUGGAAGUCAUUUACUGUUGUGAAUCAACUGUUAAAAUUGCUCCUGUUUUUGCAUUAGUUCCCUUCUGUCAGCUUUUGACAUGUGAAAGUUUUGUUUCUGUUUCAUCAUUUAAAGAUAGAUUCAAGUCAAGAAUUUGCCGAUUUAGGAGUAUUUUAUAUAAAAAGUUACUUGGGUUCGCCACUACAACAGAGCCUGUCUGAGACGUUUACUGCUUCAAAAUGACGGCUGUUUACUAACACUGCCAAGUCUGUCGUUUGGCAUAUAGUUCUAUAUGCAUGUGAUAUCUAGGCGUAGAUUGUAGGCUGUCGGCUACAGUCAGGAAAUAUUGGAGUCACCUAGCCUAGCAUUGCGUAUGCUACAGCGUCACAACAAACAGUCUUCUCUCUCCGUGUCUCUGACUUUUCUUAUGUCAUUCAACCAACGUAGUACCGCACAUUGUUUCGUUCCCGAAACGGUGUCAAAAUCCGAACGGAGGGGAAAAAAACGUAACGCACGAAAAACGUGCAGAUUUUGAACGUACGGCGUACACAUUUAAAGAUCAUUGCUCACUUGUACAAAUUACGCCGAAAAUGUACAACUUGACAGGUAUGCUAUAGUCCACUACUGUACUGUUUUAAGUACUAUACAUAUAACUUGUUUUUAAUAAAGGUUCUGACUAUAAAAAAUAAAAAUCUCAGUACACAAAUCAGAUAAGUCAUGUUCAUUCAAAUAUGCUUCUUCAAAACACAAUGGACACUUAAAGGGGAUGUAGCGGCAAAGGGGGUGUGAGACAUCAAUAGAACUGUUAUGUGCCAAGAUAACAAAUAUUGAUAAAGUUAACAAAAAAAAUCAAUCACAUUAAUGAGCAAUUAUCGAAAAUAGAUCGAAAAUGACGAACAUUCCCGAAAGUGUUCCGGAAACAGCCGAAUGGGGCGGCGACGUCACGACAAGUGAUUGACAGUCGAGGCGGAGCCAGGUGCCUUUGUUUUUUAACGACGAGAGAGUAGCGUUGGGGUUUGUUUGACGAAAACAUCUCAAAAAUGGUUCAAAACUGCUGUGCUAUGUAGUGUACAAAUAGCUAUUUAUCGGAAUACAGUAUCCAUGAGUUCCCGAACGCGAAAAAAAAAGCUGGACUACGCAGACGAUGGGUAAAGUUCGUCCGUGCAAAGAGGGCUAAUUUUCUAGACACAGCCUCCGGCACGCUUUUCUGUGGUGCGCAUUUUCCACCUGAAAGCUUCUCGAACUAUGGACAAGUGAAAUCGGAUUUUGCUAAAAGAUUGCUGCUCAAAGGAGAUGCGGUGCCGACCAUACACGCGCAGCGACCUAAAUGUCCCGAGAUAUCAAGAAAGAGGAUGAUGACUAGCAAAGAAGGCUAAGGCUAAGCAAAGGAGGGGAGUAGCCAAGCUCGAAAUGGCCAGAGUGAGUACUCUUUUAUAAUAAAAAAAUGUUACGCAUUGGAUACAGGACUGGACACAUGUAUACAUUAUCGUUCGUAAAAUAUAUAGAACAAAUCCUCUGAUCCCAUUCAUAUUUGUGUCUGUUGGCAGAGCGAAAAGCUAUGAUAGCGCAAUAAAUGAUAAUUAUUCUAUGCAUUCCUUUAUUUUGCAGUCACGGUGUAUCAGCUUCACAAAAAGAAAUGCAAAACAAAUCAUUGGUGUUUCCCACACGAUCUG